AUGGGGCAGCAGCCAGGGAAGUUUGUUGGGGACCAGAGGAGACCAAGCCUGCCGGCCUUACACUUCAUCAAGGGUGGGAAGAGGGAUUUGUCGCGGCAAGGAGGCCAACACUGCAAUGUCUUUGAAGUGCACGAAGCUCUUCAGCGUCCUGAUUUUGAGCCACCUGGUCUAAGUGAAGCAGCACGCUGGAACUCCAAAGAAAACCUGUUGGCAGGGCCCAGUGAAAAUGACCCAAAUCUGUUUGUUGCACUGUAUGACUUUGUGGCAAGUGGUGACAACACUCUCAGCAUCACUAAAGGAGAGAAACUCCGUGUGCUGGGCUACAACCAUAAUGGAGAGUGGUGUGAGGCUCAGACCAAGAAUGGGCAGGGCUGGGUCCCCAGCAACUACAUUACACCCGUCAACAGCCUGGAGAAGCACAGCUGGUACCAUGGGCCUGUGUCCCGUAAUGCUGCGGAGUACCUGCUGAGCAGUGGUAUCAACGGUAGCUUUUUGGUGCGAGAGAGUGAGAGCAGCCCCGGCCAGCGCUCCAUUUCAUUGCGUUACGAGGGCCGUGUCUAUCACUACCGCAUCAACACUGCCUCCGAUGGCAAGCUCUAUGUGUCAUCAGAGAGUCGCUUCAGUACUCUGGCUGAACUGGUGCACCACCACUCCACUGUUGCAGAUGGUCUCAUUACCACACUGCACUAUCCAGCACCCAAACGCAACAAGCCCACCAUCUACGGGGUCUCGCCCAACUACGACAAGUGGGAGAUGGAACGUACUGACAUCACCAUGAAACACAAACUGGGUGGGGGUCAAUAUGGAGAGGUGUAUGAGGGAGUAUGGAAGAAAUACAACCUCACAGUGGCAGUGAAAACCCUCAAAGAGGACACUAUGGAGGUGGAGGAGUUCCUGAAGGAGGCUGCAGUCAUGAAAGAGAUCAAACACCCAAAUCUGGUACAGCUAUUAGGUGUGUGCACACGGGAGCCUCCCUUCUAUAUCAUCACAGAGUUCAUGACGCAUGGCAACCUGUUGGACUACUUGCGGGAGUGUAACCGUGAGGAGGUCAAUGCCGUGGUACUGCUUUACAUGGCCACGCAGAUCUCUUCUGCCAUGGAAUACUUGGAGAGAAAGAACUUCAUCCACAGGGACCUAGCAGCUCGUAACUGCUUGGUUGGAGAAAACCACCUGGUGAAGGUGGCUGAUUUCGGCUUGAGUCGUCUCAUGAUUGGGGACACCUAUACAGCCCACGCAGGUGCAAAAUUCCCAAUUAAAUGGACUGCUCCAGAGAGCCUGGCUUACAAUAAAUUUUCAAUCAAAUCAGAUGUCUGGGCUUUUGGCGUGCUGCUAUGGGAGAUUGCCACCUAUGGAAUGUCGCCUUACCCAGGGAUUGACCUGUCCCAGGUGUAUGAGCUACUGGAAAAAGAUUAUCGAAUGGACCGGCCAGAGGGUUGCCCAGAAAAAGUCUAUGAACUUAUGAGGGCCUGCUGGAAAUGGAACCCUGCAGAGAGACCAUCCUUUGCUGAAACCCACCAAGCAUUUGAGACCAUGUUUCAGGAGUCCAGCAUUUCUGAUGAGGUAGAGAAAGAACUGGGGAAGAAGGGAAAGAAGAUGACACUAGGCUCUCUACAGCAAGCGCCAGAGCUGCCUACCAAGACCAGAACACUGCGUAGAAACAUGGACAAAGAUGGGGACAGUCCAGAUGCUGUGGAGCCUGAGGUGGCUGUGUCCCCUAUGCCUCCCCGGAAAGAAAGGCUUUUCCUAGAUGGCAACACGAGUGAAGAUAAGGAUAAGGACAAGGAUAAGUCCAGAACUAGUCUCUUCAAUUUGAUUAAGAAGAAGAAGAAAACUGCUCCUGCACCUCCCAAACGUAGCAGCUCUUUCAAGGAAAUGGAUGGACAUCUUGACCGCAGAGGGUUCAGCGCAGACCCCAAAGAUGAUUUCAGCAAUGGUGCCUCUUUCAAUGAUGCUUCUAACAGCAUUGAUGCCACUAAAUUCCUGAGUGCCAAUAACAAUGGAGCCAGUGGAAUCACCAAUGGAACCCCCACGUAUCCUGGCCAACUCCUCUCUCAACGGAAGAAGGGUACUCCUACAGCACUCAACAUUAGUGGAAAGAUUGCCACCACUCCUCCAGGUGAGGACGAUCCCAUCUCCAACUCCAAGAGAUUCCUUCGUUCCGCCUCAGCUUCCAGCAUGCCCCCUGGUUCUGAUCACACUGAGUGGAAAUCUGUCACUUUGCCUCGUGACCUCCAGUCUCGUCACUUUGACUCAGGCACUUUUGGUGGUAAGCCUGCCCUACCACGCAAGAGGGCUAAUGAACAGAAGCCAGAUUGUGCACCUCGUGGUGAUACCCUAACCCCACCUCCUCGCCUCCCCAAGAAGAUUGAAGAUGCAGCAGAUGAAGAUCUCAAGGAUGGUGAGUCCAGUCCAGGAUCAAGCCCCCAGACCCUUACUCCAAAACCAGUUAGACGGCCACAGACAGAAACCUCGAAAACCAGUGCCCUGCAAGCUGAGCUGCUCAAGCCAAAUGUAUUUCCUGCUCUAGGUGCUGCUGGUGAUGAGUGCCGGGCACGCAGAUACAAACACAAUCUCGAUAUCUCCAUGCAGAGAGAAAGGGGGAAAAUUGCAAAACCCAAACCUGCACCUCCUCCCCCUCCACCUUCUACCACCAAAUCUGGCAGGAGCUCACGUAGCCCCACUCAUGAUCCUGCCACAGAAACCAAAGUCAAAGGCACCUCUGACCCUAGUCCUUCCAGUGCUGGCGUGACUGAACUAGGUAGGUCCCACUUGCCUCAGGAAGGUGCUAAAAAACUCAACACCUCAAAAGUACAAUCGUCUAAGACCUCAACCACAUCUCUGACCAGCCACCAGCUGGGAUUGGGGACAGGCUCUACCAUUAGUGAUCAGGCUUCUACAACUCUCAUGCCUCUUGUGACAACUCGCCGCUCUUUGCGGAAAACUCGGCAGACCCCAGAGCGACUCUCUAAUUCAGCCAUUACACGGGAGAUGGUGCUGGAAAGCACAGAGAUUUUGCGUGCCGCCAUUGGCAAGACCUCAGAGCAGACCGGCAGCCACAGUGCAGUCUUGGAAGCUGGAAAGAACCUGUCCAAAUACUGUGUCAGCUAUGUGGAUUCCAUUCAGCAGAUGAGAAAUAAAUUUGCCUUCCGAGAGGCCAUCAACAAAUUAGAAAAUAGCCUGCGGGAGCUGCAGAUCUGCCCAACAGCCACUGGGGGUACCAGUGCGCAACAGGACUUUACCAAGCUGCUCUCUUCCGUCAAGGAAAUCAGUGACAUUGUUCAGAGGUAGCGGCUGACUAUCUUGAGGCCAGGCCAUCUUCUACAUUCAUAGUGGCCCUGUCAGAGAGAAUUUGUGGUAAGGGCUUUGUUAGAGGUGGUUGUAGCAUGUUCCACACUUAAGCUAAUGGACUGAACAGUUAUUUGACCCCUGCAAAAACAGAG